AUGGUCUCCGUACCCUUCCACCAGAUCAUGCGAUCCACAUGUCCUGUUAUCACCAUCAUCAUCCACCGAAUUUGGUACUCCCGGACCUAUUCACGGGCAACAUACCUGUCAAUUCUGCCCAUCAUCCUAGGCGUCGGCCUAGCUACCUACGGCGAUUACUACUUCACAACAGCCGGGUUCCUGCUCACCUCAGCUGGAGUGUUACUUGCCGCCAUCAAGACAGUUGUCUCAAACCGCCUAAUGACCGGCAACCUCGCUCUCCCCGCGCUCGAGAUCCUCCUCCGCAUGUCUCCGCUCGCCGCCGUGCAAUCCAUCCUCUAUGCAGGCGUCAUAGGCGAGCUGUCCGCAUUCCUGACCUACGUCCGCAAAGGGCAGCUCACUUCUUCCGUCUGCAUCGCUCUUGUCGGCAACGGAGUCAUCGCGUUCUUACUCAACGUCGCCUCUUUCCAGACGAACAAACUCGCCGGAGCUCUGACGAUUGCGGUUUGCGCCAAUGUUAAGCAGUGCUUGACGAUAGUGCUGGGCAUUGCACUUUUCGAUGUCAAGGUUAGCUUGCUGAAUGGAGCAGGAAUUGUGGUGGCGCUGCUCGGUGGGGCGUGGUAUAGUAGGGUUGAGCUUGAGUCGAAGGGGAAGGUGAAGAGCGCGGCGAGAAUGCCGUGUCAGCUUCCGAUGACUGUGCAAGAGAUGGGAAAAUGA